AUGCUUCGUGCUCUCAGGACAAAACCCCUCAAGACGCUGUCGUCACAGCCUGUGCGGCUGUUCAGCGCCGCGCGCAUCUCCCGCACCGAGGAGAAGCCACGGCUGAACCGGUACAGCUCGAUCAUCACGCAGCCCAAGGCACAGGGCCCGUCGCAGGCGAUGCUGUACGGAACGGGUCUGAAGGAGGAGGACAUGAACAAGGGCCAGGUGGGCAUCUCGAGCGUGUGGUUCGAGGGCAACCCGUGCAACAUGCACCUGCUUGACCUGUCGGCAGAGGUGAAGAAGGGCGUGCAGGAGGCAGGUCUUGUCGGCAUGCGGUUCAACACGAUCGGCGUCAGCGACGGCAUGAGCAUGGGGACGCGCGGCAUGUGCUAUUCCCUGCAGUCGCGUGACGUAAUCGCAGACUCAAUCGAAACGACCAUGGGUGGGCUGUGGUACGACGCGAACAUUUCGGGCGUGCUGAUGGCGAUGGCGCGGCUGAACCGGCCAUCGAUCAUGGUAUAUGGCGGUACGAUCAACCCGGGCAAGGGGUGUGGCGGGCAGAAGCUGGAUAUUGUGUCGACGUUUGAGGCCUACGGAUCGUAUGUGGCCGGCAAGAUCACCGAGGCCGAGCGGUUCGACACGGUGCGGCAUGCGUGCCCAGGGCCAGGCGCAUGCGGCGGCAUGUAUACGGCGAACACGAUGGCGACAGCCGCUGAGGCCAUGGGCAUGACCCUGCCGUACAGCUCGUCGUCGCCAGCGACGUCGCAGCAGAAGCUGGACGAGUGCCGACAGGCAGGCCAUGCGAUCCGCAACCUGCUGGAGCAGAACAUCUGUCCGAAGGACAUCAUGACCAGGGAGGCGUUUGAGAACGCGAUCACGGUGGCGAUUGCCAUGGGCGGGUCGACCAACGUGGUUCUGCAUCUGAUUGCGAUUUCGCGGGCAAUCGGCAUCAACCUGACGCUGGCGGACUUCCAGGCGAUCUCCGACCGCACGCCGUUCCUGGCCGACAUGAAGCCGUCGGGCAAGUACGUUAUGGCGGAUCUGCCGGCGAUUGGCGGCACUCCGGCGAUUCUCAAGUACCUGCUGAAGGAGGGCUUCCUGCACGGCUCGACCAUGACGGUGACGGGCAAGACAUUGGCGGAGAACCUGGCGGAGCUGCCGGGUCUGGCGGAGGGCCAGAAGAUCAUCCAGCCGGCGUCGUCGCCGAUCAAGCCCACGGGCCAUCUGCAGACGCUGUUCGGCAAUGUGGCACCCGAGGGCUCGGUGGCCAAGAUCACGGGCAAGGAGGGCCUGCAGUUUGCGGGCACGGCCAAUGUGUUCGAGUCGGAGCCUGAGAUGCUGGCGGCGCUGGAGCGCGGCGAGAUCAAGAAGGGAGAUGUGGUCAUUAUCCGGUAUGUGGGUCCCAAGGGCGGUCCGGGCAUGCCGGAGAUGCUGACGCCGUCGAGCGCAAUCAUGGGAGCGGGUCUGGGACAGCACGUGGCGCUGCUGACGGACGGGCGGUUCUCGGGCGGCAGCCACGGGUUCAUUAUCGGACACAUUACGCCGGAGGCUCAGGUGGGCGGGCCCAUUGGUCUGAUCAAGAACGGCGACAAGAUCACGAUUGACGCAGAGACGCGGCAGAUCAACGUCGAUGUGUCGGAGGCAGAGAUGGAGCAGCGGCGGGCGGCAUGGAAGGCGCCAGCGUUCAAGGCGGAGCGCGGCACGCUGUACAAGUACAUCAAGAACGUCAAGUCGGCAUCGUUUGGAUGCGUGACCGACGAGUAG